AUGGCUUUGGUUGACACGGUCAUCCUUUUUCGUGAUCGCGAGGGCGAGCGAGACCCGCUCAAAGCGACCUGGUAUCUAGUGGCCACCGCUGCUCUUACAGGUGCUGGGGCUGGAUCAGCCGUUCCCUCAGUAUACCGUGCCGCCACAAACGGCCUGCCUCUCGAACUUGCCAAGCUGGUCCAGCGGAGAUUGAAAGAGGCAAUCCUCAAAUCGACGAUCUUUGUGGGAGUACCACGCUCGGCAGGGGCAGCGUUUGCACUAUUCAGAGAUUUAAGCGACGAGGAAAUCGAUCAUUAUGGACCCCGGUUCGAGUCAUACGACGACCCGGAGGAACAGGAUAAAAGGGAAGCCCGCGGGAAGAAGUUUUUUGAUAUCCUUUGGACUCCAAUAGGGGCUGAAGGUGUUCGAGCAACUCUGAAGAAGUACCAACCAGACUUUUGUAGGCACAACAGCUUUGGAGACUGCAAAUACCAUGCUGACGCAGCGAUAGAUCUCUUAAAUCAGAGGCUCAUUUACGAAUACUGGGGUUCUGAAGAUAGAAUUCUUAAAGAUGUGGAGACGGAGCUUGUCGCUAUUGCCAGUCUUGUUGCAAUGAACUGUCCUGAACAGCUAGUUUGGCAUCUGAAGGGAGCCAUCCGUCACGGGGCCACAAGAAGCCAGGCGCAAUUUGCUUACGAUCUGGGAAUCGCUGCCUCAAAAGCUGCGGGCUGCGAGCUCAGUGGUGUCCCGAAGUGGGAGGAUUUUCAUUGGGAGACACCAAAUUCCGCUGAAGAAGAGAUUUUAAACUGA